AGACACCCACCUGCCUGGUGUCUCGGGACAUUGUGUUUGACUUGCAAAGAGAAAUGCAGACGUCAAGUUCCCAGUGUCCUCUCCGAGGUGGAGGAUGUGAAGCAACGACGCUUAAGAAAGUGUUUAAAAUCCUCACACUCUUUGGAUUCCUCAGUGCGUCUUACUUUGGAGUGCUGCUGCUGUACAACGGGAUCCGCGUCUCGAGUCCCCAGGCCCCGCUUCAGCACUGGGGGUCCACUGGGAAUGACAAGCUGGAGACACAGGCAUUUGUUCAACAGGUGCAGCCGAACAUGACGACCCCAGCCCCGAGUGUCCCCCGGAAGGAGGGGACAAAGCCGACGGAGGGGACCACGCCGACGGAGGGGACCACUCCACCGGACAGGACACAGCCGUGCCCCGAUGACCCCCCGGCUCUCGUCGGUCCCCUCAGCGUGGACUUCAGUCAGAAGCUGACUCUGGAUGAGGUGCGGCAGAAGGUGAGCUCCUCUCUGCGGGAGGGAGGCCGCUACCAGCCCCCGGACUGUGUCUCCAAACACAAGGUUGCAGUUGUCAUUCCAUUCCGAAACCGACACGAGCACCUGAAUUACUGGCUCUACUACCUCCAUCCUAUCUUGAUGAGGCAGCAGUUGGAUUAUGGCGUGUAUGUCAUCAACCAGGAUGGGGAUGGAGUGUUUAACCGGGCUAAACUGAUGAAUGUGGGCUAUGUGGAAGCCCUUAAGGAUUACGAUUAUAAUUGCUUCGUCUUCUCUGACAUAGACCUGGUUCCCAUGAACGACCGGAACCUUUACAGGUGUUUCGACAAUCCCAGACACCUGGCUGUGGCAAUGGACAAAUUUAAUUUCCAGCUACCGUACAAUAACUUCUUUGGUGGGGUUUCCUCACUGUCCAAGGAGCAAUACCUAAAGAUUAACGGCUUCCCGAACACUUACUGGGGCUGGGGCGGCGAGGACGACGAUAUCUUCGGGCGGAUCGGCCUCCGCGGGAUGUCGAUUUCUCGCCCCGACCUUCAGACAGGAAAGUACAAGAUGAUCAAACACGUGAGAGACUUGCACAAUGAGCAAAAUCCAGCGAACCCUGGCAAAUUAAGCCAAAUCGGGGGGACCAUGGAUAAAGAUGGGUUUAACACCCUCAACUACACUGUCAAGGAGAUUGUGAAGGACAUUCUGUACACUUAUAUCACUGUGGAUGUUCAGGCUCCGCCAAGCUGAAUGAAAGGGGAACCUGUAGAUUCUGGACUGAACCACUGUCUCUCACAAGCAUCUUAAUAACCACUGUGUGUGUUCAAGAGGGCAAAGUGUUACUGAAAAACACGAUGAAGUGCAGAGUUUAUUUUAUUUUACUUAUACUUGAUAAGACAUCAUCCAUCAAUUUCUUACUGUCUCACAUCUCUUGUUCUUGCUGAUAUAACUUAGUGCUCAUACCUGAACAAGGUGGAUACAUGUUAGGUUUAGGCGGAGGCUGUGCUGUCAUGGCAGGGACUUUCUUUGGACAGUUGCACAAUGGCAGAGGAUUAAAAGACUAUUCUCAUGUGUUCCAUUGGUGUGUAAAGUGGAACAAGGGUCAAUUUGUCCUAGAAUCCAUAAAAUAUCACACAUCGCUCAUUAAAACUCAAGAUAUACUGAAUUUAAGUUCUUUUAAUGCACAUCUAAGAGCCAACGCAUCCAUCUAUUUUGGUUUUGAAAAACAGCAUUAAUUACCCAUAAUCCACUGCAAAUUAGACUUAAUUAAAGAAGUAAAUCGCCCUGCAACUGAUUUAUAGAGACGUUUUUCUGAGAAGUCCAUUGCUGGAUCUAUACCACAAGUCAAAAUUGAUGUGAGGCUGCUCCUAAGUAGGUGACGGGAUCGUCAAUAAGGUGGGGAAGGGCUUUGAUGUUUUAUUUAUCAUUUAUAAACUUUUAUUUAUGAUGUGGCCAUGAUGACAUCCCAAAAUCCAUGCAAUAAAAAGUUUUAUUUUGUGUGCUUUAAUGGGCUUGUUAUCAUUUUCUGGGUACAGAAUGAUAAAAAAUAUCAUUUGAAUGGCUGUGGUGUUAUUGUUCCUGUUUUGCAAUGAAAGGUAUGACCCCUGUACUGUCCAGAACUGCGAUUACAGUGAUUAGAACAUGUAGCAAUUAAACUGUAAGUGAACAAUUA